CCACCACCUCCCUGGGCACUGUGCCAGUGCUUCACCACCCUUACUGUAAAACGUUUCUUCCUUAUAUCCAAGCUAUAUCUCCCCUCUUUUCAUUUGAAACCAUUUCCCCUUGUCCAAUCACAGCAGACCCCGCUGCUGUGGAGUCUGUCCCCUCCUUUCCUGCAGCCCCUCUUUAGAUACUGGAAUUCUGCUCUCAAGUCUUCUCCAAGCUGAACAGCCCAAGCUGUUCAUGAACAUGUCUAGCUGCAAUCUACCAGUACUACCAAGUCCUUUUUAACAGGGCUGUGCUCAAUUCUUUUAUCCUCCAGCUUGUAUUGAUAGCGGAAGUUGCCAGGACCUGGGUGCAAGACCUUGCACUUGGAUUUGUAGAACUUCAUGAGGUUCACUUGGCACAUGGCUUGAGGUGAGACUGCAAUGGUGUCUGGUAGGUGCAUGCUGGAGGAAAAGAAAAGUUAUGCAUGUUUCACUGGUGGGUUUUCUUGGAAAAAAAAUCAUGUCAAGAAUAGAUGAAGAUCUGAGCAGAGAAGCCCAGUGGGACUUGGGCCUCAGGGAGGGGCAGUGCCAUAGCACACGUAGGAAGAUUUCUGUGCAUUGCUCCCCUUGUUUAGCCAACACAUCCCCAGAUACCAGCAAUACUGUUAUCUGGCAGAAGCACUUCUCCAAACUCCUUCAAUCAUUCUUAAUGACCAGAACAAGUUUUCAUCAAAAAUAGUCAUCCAGAAUGAUGUUUGUUUUCAAAAUAUAGCUCUGUUUGGCUGGCUGCACCGUCUUCAUCAGCUCAAGUGAGAUAAAAGGGCCUAUUGCUUGGCAGAAAAAUUCAGUUUUCUCAAGAGAAACAGCGCAUGCUCCAGAAGGAAGGCAAAGGAAACAGGUUUGCAGUUGUUUGGCUUGUGCUUUCUCUGUUCAGUGUGUGCUGUGAGGUGGAAAGACAGGUCUGACAGCAGGUGAGCAGCUCCACGUGGCUUCUGAGGGACCCUAGGAGAACUCCCCAUGUCCCGUGGCUCCUGCAGCCAAAGCUUUCCUGGGGCAAUGGAGGACACGUCAAGCCAGACAUCAAGACAGAGCAAAGACGUACGGAGCUCCCUAACACCAGAAGAGCCUCCUGUCAACUUAACACACAUCAAGUUGGAGGAGAAUGAGCCCAUAGACUUUAAGACCAAGGAUUUCAUCCUGAAAAAAGCCAGAGAGGUCUGCAAAUGCAAUCGUCAAACUGUCAUCACCUUCUUCUGCCAGCUGUUACCAGUGCUAGACUGGCUUCCCCGUUAUAAUGUCAAGACGCAGUUGCUUGGGGAUGUCAUAUCUGGGCUCCUGGUGGGGAUAGUUGCCAUCCCUCAGUCCAUCUCAUACUCCCUGUUAGCCAACCAGGAUCCCAUCUAUGGAAUCUACACAAACUUCUUCUGCAGUAUCAUCUACGUCGUUAUGGCCACAUCACGCCACAACUUUGUGGGAUCCUUUGGUGUCCUUUGCCUGAUGAUUGGGCAGUCUGUGAAUCGGCACCUCCAGCUAGCAGGGUAUGAUGACAAUGCUGGCUCUCUGCUGGUGGGCAAUGCCACCUCCUCCAGUAACGGCACGGGUACCUGCGACAGGAGCUGCUAUGCCAUCACUGUGGCCCUUUCCUUGAGCUUUCUGGUCGGUCUUUACCAGAUCCUGCUGGGGGUUUUACAGCUGGGCUUUGUGGCUGUCUACCUGUCAGAACCUCUCCUCAGUGGCUUUGUGGCCGGCUCCAGCCUCACCAUCAUCACCUCCCAGAUGAAGUACCUCCUUGGGCUGAGUAUUCCCCGUCACGAAGGGGUGGGGUCCUUCAUCCUGACGUGGGUGGACCUUUUCAGGUACAUCCAGAACACCAAUAUAUGUGACCUGGUCACCAGCCUGGUUGCCUUGGCCGUCAUAAUACCUGUCAAAAUGAUCAAUGAUCGGUACAAGGACAAGAUGAGGGCCCCGUUCCCCGUAGAGCUGCUUGUGGUCAUCAUAGACACAGUAGUAUCAUACUACUUUAACUUCGAAGAGCGAUACAAGUCUUCAGUUUGUGGGGCCAUCCCCACCGGUUUCAGGAAACCCACCCUUCCAGAUACAAAGCUGUUUUCCAGCCUGGCAAUCGAUGCUCUGCCCAUAGCUAUAAUUGGCUUUGCUAUGACAGUCUCCCUGGCGGAAAUCUUUGGCAAAAAGCAUGGCUACGCUGUCCGUGCCAACCAAGAGAUGAUCGCCAUUGGCAUGUGCAACCUGGUCCCAUCUUUCUUCUACUGCUUUGCUAGCUCUGCAGCCUUGACCAAGACUCUGCUGAAGGAGUCCACGGGGACCCAAACGCAGCUCUCUAGCCUCGUCACCUCCCUGGUGCUGCUGCUGGUGUUGCUGUGGAUUGCUCCGCUCUUCUACUCCCUGCAAACCGCCAUCCUGGGGGUGGUCACCAUUGUCAACCUGCGGGGGGGGCUGAGGACAUUUCGUGAAACCCCACGCAUGUGGCAGCUCAGCAAGCUGGACACGGUGGUGUGGUGGACAACCAUGCUGGCCUCCACGCUGAUCACCACGGAGAUUGGGCUCCUCGUGGGCGUCUGCUUUGCUCUGCUCUGCGUCAUCUUCCGCACGCAGAGACCCAGGGCGGCGCUCCUGGGCAAGGUCAGCAACACGGAAAUCUAUGAGGACCAGUCUGCUUACAAGCAGCUCAGCAGUAUUGCCAACAUCAAAAUCUUCCGCUUCGAGUCGUCCCUUUACUAUGCCAACAAAGACUAUUUCAAGACUGUUCUCUACAGGAAAACCGGGGUGAAUCCUGUCCUGCUGGCUGCCAGGCAUCAAAGGGUGGAGACCCAGGCAAAAGCAGACACAGGCAACAGGAAGAGCAUUUUUAACACCGUGUUUCGUUGCCUGAAACCUGCCAAGAAAAGAGUGGAGAAAUCACCCGCAGACGUCUGCCUGCCCUCCCUGGAUAUGCACACUUUAAUCAUUGACUGCGGGGCUAUGCAGUUCAUAGAUACCGCGGGUCUCUCCGUGCUGAAGGAGACGCACCGUGACUACCAGGAGCUCGGCGUGCAGGUGCUCCUGGCCAACUGCAACCCCCUCCUCCGCCGCCGGCUGCGGGACGGGGGCUGGGCUGCUGGGGCCCACGGCGGCCAGCUGGCUUUCCACAGCGUGCACCACGCGGUGCAGUUUGCCCAGCAGUGGCACCACGAGCAGCGGGAGAGCAAGGAGAGAAGGGAUGCUGCCCUGGACCCCGAGGAACUCAGCGUCCAAGCGUCUCUGUAGAGCUGCGCGUGAGGAAUGAUUUCUGGUGAGGGUGGGCUUCACGGCAAUUUUAAGUUUUCUUUUUUCUAUUUUUUUUUUUUUUUUGUGCGAGCAGAGCGUUGAAAAAGGCUUUAAUGAACUGCAAGCAGCAGGCACGGGCUAAACGGACAGGGGAAGCGUGGAUUUCAAGGCAGAUCGUCAAUCAUCUGGGAGGCAUUUCAAGGUCAGCCGCGUCAGUAAAGAGCCUGGGUGCCUUCCCCUCUGCGGAAAGGGCUGCGCCAGCGAGAGGCGGCACCCAGCGCCAUGGAGCCCCGCUUCCCCGAGUGCCCCCCGCGCCUCCCCCGCUCGCUGCUGCCGCCGCUGCUCCCGUUCCGGACUCGCGUGGCCGCUGGGGGGCGCGCUUGAGCCGCACCGGCCCGGGAGCGGGGCGGGCUGCGCUGCUGUCCGUGAGCGGCACGGGGUCGAUGCAGGGGAAAGGGAAGGAGUUUGGAUUCCUAAAAGAGAGCUGAAUGUGGAGCAGUCCUGAGCUUCCCGUUGUUCUCAGAGGUACAGAAAAACCCUCCAAAACAAUAACUGUUCUCCAACCUUGCACCAAGGAAACAUCGCUCUACUUGCUUAGGAGUGUUCCCAAAUGCAUUGGAGCUUGUUAUGGGGAGUUUCCUUCUGUGUGCAGCUCCAGUGCUCAGACAGAAUAAAACAGGAAUGUGAGCAUGCAAGAAUCCUCUCCGGGCGUGCUCUCAAAAAUUGCGCUGUAGAGAAAUCCACGUCCCGUGGCUCACGUGCUCCCCAACCAAACCAUGACCAAGAACGAGCACAGCCCUCACUGCUUCAUGCACUGCCCUGCGUUCCUUUGUGCCACCUUUAUUUUGGAUUGUCCUUCCCUUCCCCUAUGUCUGCUCUGAGUCAAUGUGGGGAACAGAUUGCGGAGGCUGAGUUAUUUUCCAAAUGCCCCAGGUGGAGAGCAUAACAGUCUCUCACUGGCUACAAAACAAACACAAUGGAGAACAGGAUGGGAUAGGAUAGGAUCGUUUGAGUUGGGAGGGACCUUUAAAGGCCAUCUGGUCCAACUCCAUGCAGUGAACAGGGACACCCACAGCUCCAUCAGGUGCUCACAGCCCCUCCAGCCUGACCUUGGAGGUCCCCCAGGACAGAGCA